CAUUUGAGAACAGUUAAAAGUAGCUGGAUUGGGCCGAUGAUGGACACCUUUAGAGUGGCCUUGACCCAAUAAGAGUCAAGCAUGUCUGGUUCAAUGUGUAAAAACAUUUUAGAAUGUUUUGAACUACUUUCGCUGGAAUCUGAAGAGCUAUUUAUUCCUUUAGAAGUUCCCGUAAUUGACAGUAUAGAGCCUUUAUCGUUCCUUAGAGACUAUGUUAAUCGAAAUGUACCUGUGGUCAUCAGGGGUUUGACUGAACACUGGCCAGCUCUGAGCAAAUGGAACCCAGGUUAUUUGAGGUCCAAAAUUGGACAGAAAACAGUAUCUGUGGCAGUCACACCCAAUGGCUAUGCAGAUGCAGUGUCUGGUAACAAAUUUGUGAUGCCAGAAGAAAGGCAAAUUACAUUCAACAAGUUUUUAGAUAUACUGGAAAAUAAAGACACAGUGCCAGGGAUAUUUUACAUACAAAAACAAAACUCAAAUUUUACUGAAGAGUUUCCAGAAUUGUUGCCUGAUGCUGAAAGUGAAAUUGAAAUGGCUACCAAAGCUUUUGGAAAAACUCCUGAUGCUGUAAAUUUUUGGAUGGGAGAUGCUAGAGCAGUCACUUCUUUGCAUAAAGACCAUUAUGAAAACUUGUACUGUGUAGUCAAAGGCCACAAAACUUUCAUUUUGAUACCACCCACAGACCAACCCUUCAUACCAUAUGGGACAUACCAAGCUGCUCAUUAUGAAGAAACCUCACGUGGGUCAUUUUCUGUUAUUGAUGAAAAGGAAAUUGGAAAAGUUCCAUGGAUCCCAGUAGAUCCUCUUAAUCCAGAUACAGUCACGUAUCCCUUAUUUGCCAAAGCACACAUUCUCACAGUAACUGUUCAUGAAGGGGAGACCCUCUAUUUGCCAUCCUUGUGGUUUCAUCACGUUCAGCAGUCACAUGGAUGCAUUGCAGUCAACUAUUGGUAUGAUAUGGAAUAUGACAUCAAGUACAGUUAUUUUAAAUUUGUGGAAAGCUUGACUCAAUUUAUGACAAGUUCUGAGAGAAGAGAGAAACAUGUCAUGGAGGAUCCAGUUACUUAAAAUACUCUUCUAAGAAGUAUUUUUAAAGGGGUGGUGCAAUGGUUUUUAGAAAAGAACUAUGUCAGUUACCAGUAACUUUUUUUUUUUGCAUGAUUUUUAAAAAUGUAACAUGUUUCAUCAUGUUUUUUAUGAUAUUUCAGUAACACAGCGGGGAGUAAAGAUGUGGUUACUGGUGCGGGGGAUUAUUUAUUUAUUUAUUUAUUUAUUUAUUUAUUUAUUUAUAUAUUAAGCUAUUUAUUGAGGGUAGAAACAUGGUAGGCGUAAGUCUAAAAUUUAUCUUCCCGAUGGAGUAUCAGUGCACUAACAUGUAGUAAGAGUUGAGCCCCUUCUGUCACCAUUGGUGUUGACCAACUGAAUGGAGACUAAAUGUCUCUUCAGUGUACAAUUAUAUAAAGUAGACCCCAACACCCAACACCAACAGGUUACAUGUACUAUAAAUUAAUGGGCCUGAGUCAGAACCCGCAAAGUACUGCCCUUUUUACAGGCAGGUCCUUAUGUUAGUGUACUGGAAAUAUUGAGAGUCAGAGAUGAAUACAAAGGAAACACUUGGCUGUCAACAUUUCCCCACUUAGCCUGGCUUUUUACUUUGUUGCGAUGUUAUUUUUAACUAAUAAAAGCAGUGUUUGAGGCUUGA